AUGGAGCCAUCCUCCAAGAAAAGGAAGUUGGCUCCGAAAGUCAACGCUUCACCGGCCCCCAAUUCUCAGCCCUCUGUUCCUCAGUACACCCGCGAGCCGUCGCUAUCACAAGGCCAGCAUUAUGCAGUUCAAGAAGCCCCGCUCAUUGAACGGCAGGACUUUGAAUCCUUCGCUCGCCAUCUCCAAGACGCUGCCAUGCUUAUUCAGCGCCAGACUGAACGACCGCCUCACAAUGAUGUCUCGGUACUACUGCUGAGCUGGGAGGAAGACCGAUCUGUAGAUUACGAUGUUUUAGCCUUUCAGCAAGUACUGGAAACCAAGUACAACUUUUCCACCUACCGAUGGCAAAUUCCCACUGUGCCAAACCCCAGCAUCAAGCUCGGCGUGCAGAUGGCUUCUUUUCUGGAGAAUGCCAGACCCAACCACUUGCGAAUCGUUUACUAUGCUGGUCAUGGAUAUGUCGGCGGCGAUGGCCAUUUGUACUGGGCAUGCAACGCUCGCGAUGACUCGGCCAAACUCAAAUGGGACGGUGUGAGAUGCUUGUUUGAGGAUGCACAAUCUGAUAUCCUUCUCCUGCUUGACACCUGUGCUAUACCUGAUCCUCCCACCUCAGGGAGCCACGGCAUAAAGCAAGGGAUAGCGGCAACGAUGCCCGAACACAAUGCUCUCGAAUAUAGCGCCCGCUCUUUCACCGCCAGCAUGAUUGAAGCCUUUGUAGCUCUGCAAAAGCUCUACAAAGGACGACCGUUCGGCGUCAACCGGCUGUUUGAGGAAAUCGUUGCGCAAAAGUACAUGCGCGCCGACGCCGCAUCUGUCCAGCCGCAACUUCCACUGCUUUUCACUCUCACACCUGGUCAAAGUCGUAAUUUGAUGUUGGCCCCUUUGCCUCCAAGACCAGAUCCUUUUAUGCAAAAUGGCGGUGACGUGUCAGAUGACCAGGGCAAACGCGAUGGAGGAGAUGACCUGAUCGAUCCAGAGUCGGUUUCUAACCUUCGAUUUGACGAGAAUCGGAUACUCGUUUGCACCACCUUUGUCGGUGAUGCUAGUCCUGACAUGUCCUUUUUCCAGCAAUGGCUUCAGAACACGCCACCGCUUGGGUCGAGAAUUGCCGUGGAAGGAAUGUUUCUAGGCCCGCCGACUAUGCUUCUGAUUUCCAUGCCUCGCUCAGUAUGGAGCAUUGUGCAGCACGACAAAGUUUGCUGUUUCUUGGGAUACAUCAGCUCCCACAAUAUGAUUCACCUGUAUGAAAAAAUGUUGGGACCUGGCGGCGUUCGGCCCUUUGAUAAGAAAAUAGAGGAUGGAAAGAUUCUUGUGCAAGCAAGCGAAGUUGGAGCUGUCACGCCCGCGAGGAUUCAUGGAGAUCAGGAUACCCACGAGCGCGUCUACCACGCUCCCGGUCCUCGAGAGGAAAAUUUCAAGGCCGAGGGAACAACCCUACUCCCUCAAACCAGCCCACCUCUGCUGCCCUUUGGAGUGGAAGCCCCUGAAGACGAGGGUGAGGUGGAAGAUACCGCCGAAAUGCAAGAGGCAGCAGAGCAGCUCAAGGCCCUUAGUCACGUGCAGCACAGAGGCAACGAAGCUGCGCCCGGAGAACGAAUGCGCACUAUUUUACCCGAUUCCGUCUCGGAAGCAGCUCGCGAGAAUGCUCGGCUGUCCCAGGGACCAGGCGACAACAUUGGACGUGAUUCAGCCACAUUGAUGGACAUGCAAGUGGCUCCCGGCUCAAGAGGCAAAGGACGCCGGCGUUCUCUCACGAAGCAGGAAACACGAUGCAGCCACUGCAGCCAUGCACCGUUCAGGGAUUCAUCAUCGUUGCGGAAGCACAUUGCUGCCGCGCAUACAAGACCCUUUCCGUGCGCUUUCUCCUUUGCCGGCUGCACAAGCACAUUCGGAUCCAAAAACGAGUGGAAAAGGCAUAUUGCCUCUCAGCAUCUCUGCCUACAGUUUUACCGGUGCUCAGCCUGCCCCCAGGCCACGAUUGAGAGCAAAGGCAAUGAGUUCAAUCGCAAGGACCUGUUCACGCAGCAUUUACGCCGGAUGCACGCGCCUUUCCAAAUCAAGAGGGCCAUUUCGCAAGGUGAUGAGCAACUGCAGUCAGAAUGGGAAACGCACGUCAAAGGGAUGCAACAGACAUGUCUGGUCACAAGACGUCAGCCUCCUCAGAAAGCUGCAUGUCCGAAACUUGAUUGUCGGAAAGAGUUUGAUGGCCAAACCGCGUGGGACGAGUGGACAGAGCACGUCGGGCGACACAUGGAGAAGGGUGAGGGCCCAGUUCUAGAAGUUGAUGGCUUGCUAGUGCAGUGGGCAUUGGACGAGGGAAUCAUUGAACCGAAAGGGGACGGGGAGUACCGCCUAUGCUCCUCAUACUAUCCACUUUCUUACCAGAGCAGCUCUGGACCGAUGCUGGGCCGGAACGACUCCAUCUUUACUUCUUUGGCAGACUCUUGUCAAGUGGAUGAGGUUCUGGCAGUAGGAGAGGCGAAGCUGGAGGUUGACGAAGGCUGA